GCUUCGCCUGUUGGGUGACGAACAGGGGAAGCGAAGCGGGAGGGAAAAGAAGCAGCUUGGGAGCGGGGGCAAGAUGUUUGACGGCCUGCUCAACUCCAAGUUCUACAACAAAUGCAAGCACGCUUUCAAAUGCAUCCGUAUGCGGCUGGUUCCCAUACGGCGGAAGAAGCAGGCGAUGGUUCGAUUCACGAAGAAGGACAUAGCCGACCUCCUCACCAAUGGCCUCGACACACAUGCAUUUGGACGGAUGGAUGGGCUGUUAAUUGAGAUGAACCAUGCUUCUUGCUAUGAUAUGAUUGAGCAGUUCUGUGAGUACAUUGGUAAGCAGCUCAACAGCCUACAGAAACAGAGGGAUUGCCCCCAGGAAACCCGGGAAGCUGUGUCGACCAUAAUUUUUGCUGCUGCUCGGUUUCCUGAUUUGCCUGAACUGUGUGACCUUAGGCAUAUAUUCACAGAGAGAUAUGGGAAUUAUCUUGAGCCAUUUGUUAGCCUUGAGUUUGUUCAGAAACUGGACAACAGAGUGUUCACUAAUGAGGAAAAGUUGCAAGCCAUGCAAAGUGUCUCUGAAGAAUUUUUGGUUGAUUUUGAUGCCAAGGCACUGAAGAUCAAGUUAUGGGCCACUUCAGGAACUAAACACGAUUUGCUUGAAAAGGAUUCAAAGAAACAGGUAGAACUGGCAAUGCCUUUGUUCAGCAAGCAGAAGAAGGAUGAUGAUGCUCCAUCUGGAAGAAAAUCUGAAUCUACUAAUCCGCUUGGCCAUAAGAAGAAAUUGGAAGUACCCUCAAAACAACAACAGGAUGCUCAUCCUGUUGCUGAUGGCAUUGACCGGUUACAUGAAAACACCAGGAGACAGCAUGCUGAUAAAUCUGAUGGUAAGAGGAAUGUGGAGAAACCAGUGUCUGAUUUGGAGAUGAAAGGAAGGAACAUUCAAAAAGAAGUUCAGAAAGCUGACAAAAAACAUGGUCGCCCUUGCGAGAAGGAGCUAAUGGAAGCAGUGGAGCUAGAUCUCAAUGGCCUGCCUAAGAAGGGAUUUGGUUCGCUGAAAGUUCAUGAAAUAGAAAGCAAGAAGACAAUUCCACUAAAGCCUAAGAUCGACAAUGAUGUUGAAAAGGAGAACGAGAGGGACCUUGGUCAGCACCACCGAUCACAUAUGCCUUGUGCUCCUGAUCGUAUCAGGGGACAUGCAGAUUCAGGUCUCAGAACCCUUGGCCUAGAUAAGCAAGGACAUAAAUCAGUGAAUCCUUUGAAUGGUAACACUAAGAACAGGAUGCCUCCUUAUGAUAAGCUGGAUGGAGCAACUGUGAAGAAUUGUGCCGAAAAGGAAGAGAACACUGUUUUGUUGAAUGCUAGACCACAUGAUUUAUCAGAUAUGGGGAAUUCAGUGCAAGAUAGACAGCAAAAUCCAGAGAGGGCAGCUUACAUACGACCUCCUUACAUGAAACCAAAACUCAACAUGAAAACGGCGAAUGAUGAUCCUGCAGAGCGAGCUGCUAGUGAUUACAGCAAGCACGAUAUCUCUGAACAAAUAGAUCAUCUGUCUGACAAAGGUUCUCUUCGACCUGUUUCUGUUAGAAGGAAACAUGCUCAGCCACCUGGACCUGUCACUGUCUGCGAUAAGGCACCUGUUGAUGAAAAGGUUUCAAGCCAGACACCCAAUAGUCGGAGAAGACACACAAGCAGGCAGAAUGCUGUUGAUGAUGGCUUUGCCCGGAGAGAUGGGCCUAGACAACCUCAUAGAGGCCAUGGAAUUGAUGAUGUUACCAGGGAGAAUGUUCAGAGAACUCCUAGUAGCCGGCCAAGGCACUCGGGCAGGAGAAAUGGAGCCUUGUACACCGACGACUACGAUGGAUUCAUGCAGCGCCAUCGAGCACAAGAGGAUGAGUCUGCCAUUGAUUUUGGCAAUCUUUUGCCCCGAACUGGAAAUGGCCAUAGGAGGCACAAAAGCCGCAAUUCUGAUGCGCGAAGCGGAGACAUUGAUGAGGAAGAAAGAAUGAUGGAUAAGCUUCUGAGGCACUACAGCAAGAAAGGUUUGGAUACAGAAACCCAUACAGCUCCAACCAGCAUUAGCAAACAUGAUAAUGUCAAUGUAGCACAAGCUCAAUCUCAGCAAAAGGGUUCGAUGCAUCCUCCAGGAAGAGCGAUCUCGUUGCCAGUGAAACCUGUGAGCAAAGAUGAAGAUGUGAAGGUUCCUGCCAGGUCUACUUCACUGCAGCCGGACUGUCCUAAAAGCGUACAUGUACACCCGAAAAUGCCUGACUUUGAUGAGCUUGCUGCUCGAGUCAGUGCUCUGAGGAAGGCUUGAGAGGUAGGUAGCACAAGAGUGUCCUGGGCCUGUUCACAAGUUCAGAGCUAAGCCGUUUGGACAGUUUGUUCGUUGCAUGGGUUUGAACUAAUCCUUUCUUUGAUGUGCAGUACCUAGUUGAGAUUGAACAGAUCUUGUGCAUGAGUUUUGCCUUUCUUUUCAGUUCAUAUCUACUCCUUGUACCAGCUGUUUGUCUAGAUAGAACACUGGUUGGAGAAUUAACACGAUACAGCUGAUAGGGAUUUUCAGUUUGUUAUUAAAUUCAAUUUAUAGGUAUUUGCUACAUUGUAACAUUGAAUUCGUUGAUUCCUGUAGUAUACCA